CUCCCCAAGUUGGUUGGAUCGUCUACCGUCGACGACAAAGCAAGCAGCCACAAUGUCUCGGCGAUACGACUCACGGACGACGACCUUCAGCCCUGAGGGCAGGCUCUACCAGGUCGAGUAUGCCAUGGAGGCCAUCUCGCACGCUGGAACGGUCGUGGGCAUCCUCGCAAAGGACGGAGUCGUGCUGGCCGCCGAGAAAAAGGUGACGAGCAAGCUGCUUGAGCAGGAUACGAGCAGCGAGAAGAUCUAUUCUCUGUCCGACAACAUCAUGACUGGUGUCGCCGGCAUCACGGCCGAUGCCAAUUCGCUGAUCAACUACGCCCGAAAUGCGGCGCAGCGCCAUCUGCGAGCCUACGACGACGACAUGCCCGUUGAGCAACUGGCUCAGCGCCUUUGCGACCUCAAGCAGGGCUACACACAGUACGGCGGUCUCCGUCCCUUUGGUGUCUCGCUCCUCUACGCCGGCUACGAUCCUCAUCACAACUUCCAGCUGUACCACUCGGACCCGUCUGGAAACUACUCAGGAUGGAAGGCGACGUGCAUCGGGAGCAACAACGGGACAGCGACGAGCCUCCUCAAGCAGGACUACAAGGACGAUCUGACCAUCCAAGAGGCCAUGAGCCUGGCCUGCAAGGUCUUGAGCAAGACGAUGGACUCGACGACGCUGGACAGUGAGAAGAUCGAAUUUGCGACUCUCUCCCUCGACCAGUCCGGCAAGCCGCUCAGCAGGAUCUUUAGGCCAACGGACAUCACGAGACUGCUGGACCGCGAGGGAUUGGCAAAGAAGAGCGAAGAGGAGGGUACGGCACCGAGGACAGCGGAAGCUAUGGCAGUUGACUCUACAUGA